AUGGCAAACGUCAUUUUGUGUUUUCUCGCAUUAAUUUGUUCGGUGCAAUCGCUGGACAAUGGCUUAGCAUUAACACCAACAAUGGGUUGGUUGCACUGGGAGAGAUUCAUGUGCAACAUCGACUGUGACAUGGACCCUCAAAACUGUAUUAGAGAGGAGCUGUUCAUGCAGAUGGCAGAUUUGAUGGUGGAGGAGAAAUGGAAGGAUGCUGGAUAUGAGUUUGUGUGUAUUGAUGAUUGUUGGUCCUCCCACCAGCGAGAUGCCCAGGGUCGUCUUCAGGCUGACCCCAAGAGGUUCCCGAGCGGUAUCAAGAAACUUGCUGACUAUAUUCAUUCCAAAGGUCUUAAACUGGGCAUCUAUGCUGAUGUCGGAACAAAAACAUGCGCUGGCUAUCCUGGAAGUCUGGGCCACUACAAAACAGAUGCCAAAACCUUUGCUGAAUGGGGUGUGGAUUUACUGAAGUUUGAUGGUUGCUACAUGCCUGACUGGACGUUGCUUGCAGAGGGUUAUGUGAAUAUGUCUAAAGCUUUGAAUGAGACAGGAAGAAAAAUUGUGUACUCCUGUGAAUGGCCGUUAUAUGAAUGGUCUCACCAAGAGCCCAAUUACAAAGCUAUCAAAGGUGCAUGUAAUCACUGGCGUAACUAUGGUGAUAUAUAUGACCAGUGGGUCAGUGUGAAGUCAAUACUGAACUGGACUGCUAACCACCAAAAUAUUUUGGUACCUGUGGCUGGGCCUGGAGGAUGGAAUGAUCCAGAUAUGUUGAUCAUAGGAAACUUUGGGCUGAGUCAUGAUCAACAGCAGACCCAGAUGGCUCUGUGGGCAAUCAUGGCUGCUCCUCUGCUCAUGUCCAAUGACCUGAGAAACAUCCCUUACAAGUCCAAAAAGCUGCUCCAGAAUCGUAAAAUCAUUGCCAUCAACCAGGACCGUGCAGGCAAGCAGGGUUAUCGCAUAGCUGAGGUAAAUGGUUUUGAAGUGUGGGAGAGACCUCUGUCUAGGGGUGGGCUGGCCGUAGCAGUGAUCAACAAGCAAGAGAUUGGUGGCCCUCGCCAUUUCUCCAUCAGCCUUGCCACUGUGACCAGCUGUAACCCUAUAUGUAAAAUCACUCAAAUCCUGCCAACCUAUCGGAAACUAGGGAUUCAGGAUGUCGAGUCUAAACUGAUUAUCUUGGUGAACCCCACAGGCACUACACUGCUGACCAUCAAACCCAGCAAAUCUGAUUGA